AUGGGUCAGAUCUUCGGCGGUCUGGUGGCUUAUGGCAUAGCGGUCGGAGCGAAAAAGUACGGAUAUACCAUGGCUCCAUGGAAGAUCGUUUUCCUAGUCUGCGGCCUCAUCACCUCCUUCAUGGGCAUGCUGUUCCUCUAUUUCGUCCCGGACAAUCAGCUCAAUGCGCGCUGGUUGAGUAAGCAAGAUAGGCGGCUUGCUAUUGAGAGAGUCCGGAUCAAUCAACAGGGCAUUGGAAACAAGCACUUCAAGAUGUACCAAGUCAAAGACGCCUUGACCGAUCCAUUGACCUGGGCCUUUGUCUUCUACGCUCUCACGGCCGAUAUUCCAAAUGGAGGCAUCAGCAACUUCUUCAGUGAGCUCAUCGUAUCCUUCGGCUACACUCCGGAGCAGAGUCUGCUCUACGGCACGCCUGGUGGGGCAGUUGAGGUCGUUGCCUUGAUCGUCUGUGGCUAUCUAGGAGACAAGUUCAGAAAUCGUCUUCUGGUUUGCACCUCAGGCCUCCUUAUCGCCAUUAUGGGCAUGCUUCUCAUUGUAUGCUUACCAUUGUCCAAUCACGGCGGCAGACUCGCUGGCUACUACUUCACACAAUCAAGUCCGACACCUUUCGUGGCUCUGCUGUCACUAAUUGCCACCAACGUCGCUGGCUACACCAAGAAGACAACGGUCGCCGCGCUCUAUCUGAUUGCGUACUGCGCAGGCAACAUCAUUGGUCCCCAGACAUUCCGACCAGGGGAUGCUCCACGAUACGUGCCUGCUGAGAUCACCAUCAUCGUGUGCUGGUCUGCUUGUCUCGUUGACAUCAUAUUCAUCUACAUUUAUUGCCGGUGGCAGAAUCAGAAGAAAGCAGCGUUCAGGGCGCGGCCGGGCUAUGUUAAGCUGGAGAAUCAGGAAUGGUUUGCACGGGUUGAAGAGGAAAAUACAAUGACUUGCCGCAUGCUUGUUACAACAUUUGCCGAAGGACGAGAAAGUCCGAUUUUAUUGAAACCACGCCAUGUCACCGACGCCAGUGACGAAAUCCGCACAUCUUGGGUCAAUGGCAUGAAAAAUUACGUCGGAAGCGAGUCAGAGCAUGAACAUGUCCGCCCGCUCGACUUCCUCUUCGCCCUCGACGGCUCCGUUGAUAUCCAGGCCCCCACUUCGACAACUUCUGACCUCCCCGACACUUAUCCCGCCACGCACCGCAUUCCUCCAGCAACAAUCGCCGACCUUCAACCCAAGGAGAAGGUUCGCCGUGCGGAGCUCUUCGCCCUUGGAAGUCUGAUAUACGAGAUUUACGCCGGUGAGGCACCAUUUGAGAGCCUAGAGGACGACGAAAUCCAGACGCGGUACCGAGGUGCAGAAUUUCCGAAAGUGACGCAUCUCCCCCAGUGGCCUAUCAUUCUAGCUUGCUGGAGCGUAGAGUUUGCCAGAGAGCUUGGCGCGAUCUUGAACAGCUCCGAAGGCACCUUCAAACGCUUCGGACGUCUGACCGGCAAAUACAUUGCAGCCCACCCGGUCCUCUUCGGAAUGCAGUGUGCUGGCACCGUCGUCGGCAUCGGAGCGGCUGUGGCCCUGCCGGUGCUUGGUUUUGCAGGGUUCGGGGCACUGGGUCCCAUAGCAGGCUCGUCGGCUGCUGCGUGGCAGACAUCAAUAGGGGUCGUGCAGGGCGGGAGUCUAUUUGCGUGGUGUCAGAGUGCGGCGAUGGGGGGCGCGGCUUUGAAUGGAAUUGCUGCUGCUGGCGCAACGGGAGGAAUUGCUCUGACUUCUACGGCAGCGGGUAUUGUGACUGUGGAUGAGAGUAUGGAGGAGAGGUUAAUGAAGGUGUUCGAGAUGGUGUGUAGGAAGGCUGAGGGAUCGAAGGAAAGCCUGUCGAAGGAAUAA